GGAGCAGUGUGGGUGGAGGCACUGGAUUCCCUCCAAUAAAUUAUGGUUCCCUUUCUGCAAUGAAAAUUACUAAAAUAAGAUUUAACAUAAAAGGCUGGAUCCGAUUCAUGCCACACCAUUCCGGUCCCGGAAUACCUUUUUUGCGGUGGUGCUGGUGGCGGAGAUCGGCGCCGGACCUUGCCACGCCUCCUCCGUCUCCCUAACCUUUUUCGCUUCAGCAUUCUAAAUCUAGCGAAAAACGUCAUCUCGUGCCUCUCUUUUACUUUCUACGAUUUGGUUCUCCCCGUUUAUGGAUCCGGGUUCUAGAAGCUUCCUUUCUCAUUGCUAGUCCUCUUUCUGGCGGUUUUGCUCGCGAGAUUCUGUGUUUCUUAGCUGAUUUGGUUCGAUUGAUCUGUUCCUUACUCGCUUCAAUUUUCCAGUUUUGUUGCGGAAGGAAGACUGGUAUGCUGUGAGAGAAUGUCGUUGAAAAGCAUAGUAAGAGAACUCAAGGAGAUGAGAGAUGGGAUAGGUAGCAUGUCAAGGCGAGGUGCUGAAAGCCGGCGUUGGCACAGUCGGACAAAGUCACACGUUGUUCCUGAUAUCACUCUAACUUCAAUUGAACCUAUUCAGCAAGGACAAUGGGCAAAUCUACCACCUGAAUUGCUGCUGGAUAUAAUAAGGAGGGUUGAAGAGAGUGAGACUACUUGGCCUGCACGGGCUGUUGUAGUUUAUUGUGCUUCAGUUUGUAAAUCAUGGAGGGCUGUUACGAAAGAGAUUGUUAAGACUCCUGAACAAUGUGGAAGACUCACAUUUCCUAUUUCAUUGAAGCAGCCGGGUCCUCGUGAUUCUCCUAUACAGUGCUUUAUCAGGAGGAACAGAGAAACUUCUACAUAUCUAUUGUACAUUGGUCUGUUUCCAUCGGAGAAUGAGACUGAUAAGAUGUUAUUAGCUGCCAAAAAGAUAAGAAGGGCAACAGGCACAGACUUUGUCAUAUCUUUGGUUGCAGAUGAUUUUUCUCGGUCCAGCAACACAUACGUUGGAAAACUCAGGUCUAAUUUUUUGGGUACCAAGUUCACUAUUUAUGACAGCCAACCUCCACAUGAUGCUGGAAUUCAACCAAAUAGUCGGUCUAGUAGGAGAUUUCAUUCCAAACAGGUAUCUCCUAGAGUUCCAGCAUGUAACUAUGUUGUUAGCACCAUUGCCUAUGAGUUGAAUGUUCUCCGCACGAGAGGGCCAAGGAGAAUGCACUGCACCAUGAACUCCAUACCUGUCUCAGCCAUUCAGGAAGGGGGCAAUGCUCCAACUCCUUCUUCUUUUCCUCAAAUAAUUGAUGAGCAAUUUUCACCCUCACCAGCUCUGAAAGGAAAAGGCCCAAUUAGAGAUUUAAGCAAUGCAAACCUACCGGAGCUACCAGCACCGAGCCAAGGUUCAGCUGAGCCUCUGGUACUCAAAAACAAGGCUCCUAGGUGGCAUGAGCAGCUGCAAUGCUGGUGCCUAAACUUCAAGGGUCGUGUGACAGUGGCUUCUGUUAAAAACUUUCAACUUGUUGCUGCUGUUGAUCCAUCUCAUAAUGUUUCUGCUGCAGAGCAAGAAAAGGUAAUCUUGCAGUUUGGAAAGAUUGGAAAAGACAUAUUUACUAUGGAUUACCGGUAUCCGCUCUCUGCCUUCCAAGCUUUUGCCAUAUGUUUGAGCAGCUUUGAUACCAAACCAGCCUGUGAAUGAGACCUGCGUCACUGGAUCAGCAUCUGCGGGUUUGUCUCAUAUAUAUAUAUAUACCGUGCUACCCAAAGUUCAUCAAGCAUGGUGGGCAUGCAGCUGCUGACAAUCUUCGCUAUGCAGUCAUUAGUAUUUUCCCCUUAUGCUAGUUGUUGAUUCUGGAAUUUAACUUUAUGCUGUUUCAUAGCCCUGCAACUAAAAGUAAGGUUUAGUGAAUCUUCAAUUUUAUAUAAAGUCGCUUGCUAUUCCUCGCCAAUAAUUCUUCUUUUCUUUCUUAAUAUUGAAUUUUUAGUUG